CGUCCGCCGCUGAUCCCGGUGGGGUCAGCGACCGGGACCGGGGCCGGGACCGAGAACGGUAUCGGGCCGCGGGCACGGCCUCAUUUCUUGCCAAGGGACUGCUCCCUGGCAGCUGUGCCGUUCCUGCUGCCCGCUCGGGCCCGCUCUGCUGUGAGGGGGCGCGGGGCAGGCCGGGAAGGGCGCGGGGCAGGCCGGGAGUGCCCCGGCACUCGGCGCAGAGGCGGUGGCACCGAUACCGACACCAGCACCGGCACCGGCGGGAUGUGGUACGAGAUCCUGCCCGGCAUGGCCGUCAUGGGCGUCUGCCUCAGCAUCCCCGGCAUCGCCACCGUCUUCAUGCACCGCUUGUGCCACGGCGGCAAGGAGAAGAGGAUCGCCCGCUAUCCCUACGAGUGGACCCUGAUGGAAAGGGACCGGCGGCUAUCGGGUGUCAACAAGCACUAUGUGCCCAAGGGUCUGGAGAACAUAGACUAAGGUGCCAACGCUUUGAAAAUUUCAUGUAUCUAUAGAAAAUUAUUUAACUUUAAAAUAAAGCUAUACAUGUGUUCA